AUGAGCCAGAACCGGCCAUCGGCCUUCUCAUCGCUAAGAAUGGGUGAAGUUAUCCGCGAAAAGGUCCAGGACGGCCUGACCGGCGACUACAAGGACCUCGCAUACACGCAGUGCAAGAUUGUCGGCAACGGCUCUUUCGGCGUCGUCUUCCAGACCAAGCUGUCGCCUAGUGGUGAAGAUGCGGCCAUCAAGCGUGUCCUGCAAGACAAGCGCUUCAAGAACCGCGAACUCCAGAUUAUGCGCAUUGUCCGACAUCCCAACAUUGUCGAGCUCAAGGCCUUCUUCUACAACAACGGCGAGCGGCCACAGAAAGACGAGGUGUACCUGAAUCUCGUGCUUGAGUUCGUUCCCGAGACCGUGUACCGUGCUUCGCGCUACUUCAACAAGAUGAAGUCGGUUAUGCCCAUCCUCGAAGUCAAGCUGUACAUCUACCAGCUCUUCCGCUCGCUCGCCUACAUUCACUCGCAGGGUAUCUGCCACAGGGACAUCAAGCCCCAGAACCUUCUGCUAGACCCCUCAACCGGUGUCCUGAAGCUGUGCGAUUUCGGAAGCGCCAAGAUUUUGGUCGAGAACGAGCCCAACGUUUCGUACAUCUGCUCCAGGUACUACCGUGCGCCUGAGCUAAUUUUCGGAGCGACAAACUACACUACCAAGAUCGAUGUCUGGUCUACGGGUUGCGUCAUGGCGGAGCUCAUGCUUGGACAGCCAUUGUUCCCGGGAGAGUCAGGUAUUGACCAGCUGGUGGAGAUCAUCAAGGUUCUAGGAACGCCCACCCGCGACCAGAUCCGCACCAUGAACCCGAACUACAUGGAGCACAAGUUCCCCCAGAUUAAGCCUCACCCGUUCAGUAAGGUGUUCCGGAAGGCCGAUCCCAACGCGAUCGAUUUGAUCUCCAAACUCCUCGAGUACACGCCAACUCAGCGUCUUUCGGCCAUCGACGCCAUGGUACACCCCUUCUUUGACGAGCUGAGGGACCCAAACACGCGUCUCCCAGACUCGCGUCACCCCAACGGAGCCACUCGUGAUAUGCCUGAGCUGUACAACUUCACUCACCACGAAUUGUCCAUCGCUCCUCACCUCAACAAUCAGCUGGUACCGCAGCACAUCCGCGCGACACUAGCCGCCCGUGGCCUCGACUUCGAAUCGCCGAACUUCAAGCCAUUAACGCGGGAUCAGAUGAUAGCCAGGCUGGAUUAA